AUGUCGUUGUGCCAGAAUCGUUUGCAGGAGGAGCGGAAGCAGUGGCGCAAGGACCAUCCGUUUGGCUUCUAUGCCCGGCCCCAGAAGAACUCUCAGGGUGUACUUGACCUCAAGAUUUGGGAAUGUGGGAUUCCUGGCAAGGAGAAGACCAUCUGGGAGGGCGGCCUGUUCAAGCUGGUGGUAACGUUUCCCGAUGAAUAUCCCACGAAGCCCCCCAAGUGCAAGUUCGUACCACCGCUGUUCCACCCCAACGUCUACCCCUCUGGGACGGUUUGCCUCUCUAUCUUGAACGAGGAGGAAGCGUGGAAGCCGGCGAUUACGAUCAAACAAAUCCUCCUUGGUGUCCAGGACCUCCUCGACGACCCCAACCCGGAGUCCCCGGCUCAGGCAGAGGCGUACAACAUGUUCAAGCGGGACCGCGUGCAGUACGAGAGGCGCAUCAAGCAGAUCGUGCGGGAGAACGCCGCGCCGUAG